GGAUUUCGACCCACAAGAACAGGAUCCGGAUUUUAGGGUUUUGGAGCUCAACUAUAAAUACCCGUGCGACCUCCUUUCGCGCAAUCGUCUGAUCUCGGCUGCCGUCGGAGGUAGAGCUCUAGAACCAGCCAUGGUUCAUGUCAGUUUCUACCGAAACUACGGGAAGACAUUCAAGAAGCCCCGCCGUCCCUACGAGAAGGAGCGGCUUGAUGCCGAACUGAAGCUGGUCGGCGAGUAUGGGCUUCGCUGCAAGCGGGAGCUGUGGAGGGUGCAAUACGCGCUGAGCCGGAUUCGCAAUGCUGCAAGGGAACUUCUCACGCUAGACGAAAAGAACCCUCGCCGGAUUUUUGAAGGAGAGGCCCUGCUUCGCCGGAUGAACCGAUAUGGCCUCCUCGGGGAAGGACAGAACAAGCUUGAUUACGUCCUCGCCCUCACCGUGGAGAACUUCUUGGAGCGGCGUCUGCAGACUAUCGUCUUCAAGUCGGGGAUGGCAAAGUCCAUCCACCAUGCGAGGGUCCUCAUCAGACAGCGUCACAUAAGAGUUGGUAGGCAGGUGGUAAAUAUCCCAUCAUUCAUGGUGAGGGUCGAUUCGGCAAAGCACAUCGACUUCUCCUUGACAAGUCCAUUUGGCGGUGGCCGCCCUGGAAGGGUGAAGAGAAAGAACCAAAAGGCAGCAGCAAAGAAGGCUGCCGGCGACGAGGAGGAGGAUGAGGAAUGAGCUAUGUGCAUCUCGUUAUGUUUUGAAUUUUGCUAGUAGCUUGUUUAAUCAGUUUAUUCUGAUUUUCUUGUUAAAUUAUGAAGGUUGAACGUUUUGUGUUAGCACCUUAUCAUCUUUUUGGUACACCCUUAAGCUUUAUUCAAACUUGGAUUAUGCAAAAAGUAUUAAAAUGUUUACUCAAA